CUGCAGCUGCGCACAGACGCGCUCUUUACGCGUGGGUUGAAAGUGGAAGACAGACGCACACCAGUCUUUUUGCGAUGAAAACAAAGCGGUGGUUUAUUUUAUUUAUUUUGUUUAACUUUUUUCUGUCCGUCGGCACGCUCAGCUCUGCUGCAGAAACCUUGAAGCAAAGGAGGAAGGUGUUCAAACCAGGUCUUCAGAAACCCAAACGCCUCAAACUGUCCGCCAAAGCGGAGCGGAAGUCCCCGCUGAGGUUCCCGGGUGGCUCCUCUCUGUUGUCUCACAUCAACUGGAGCAGGACCUUUCACUCCAGCUCCAUGGUGGCUCCGUCUGUGGGUGCUGGAGAGCCCCAGGCGGACUUCGCCUACGUCCCGGACGUCUCAGUCACCUGCUCCACGACGGACUUCGUGGUGCGCGUCAAACCAGCUUUCUACGGCCUGGGCGCAGACGCGCAGGAGUUGACUUUAGGCAGCAGCUGCAAGAGCAACGGGGUCCUCCGGCCAUCAGGUGACCUGCUCUUCACCUAUCCCUUAACGGAGUGCGAUGGAGCGCGUGAGCUCCCUCCGGGAUAUCUGGUCUACAAAUACGUGCUCCAUUAUGAAGCCUCGCCGAAACGCUUCCCAAGCAGAGCACAGCAGCUCCAUGUCAGCAUCGAAUGUCAUUAUGAAAGGGAUCAUUCCGUGCACCAGCUGGCGGUGCAGCCCACAUGGCAAACUGUCGUUCUGCGUAAAACUCUCAAAGGACGUCCCAUGGACUUCCAAAUCAACUUUAUGGAUGAUUCAUUCACAGCGCACACCAAGCCUCAGGUGUACCUGCUGGGACAAACUGUUAACAUCCAAGUCUCUGCUCCUCAUCUGCCUCCUGGAUGGAAGCUCUACAUCAGCAGCUGCUACGCAGCACCCAGUGCCUCCAAAUCCUCCCUCAAAUAUACCAUGAUAGACAACUUGGGCUGUAUGGUGGACAGCAAGCAUGAGCCCGGGGCUUCACAGUUCGUUUCUCGGACUGACAGCACCUUAAAAUUCUCCUUAAGGGCCUUUCAGUUCACAGCUGACCCCAAGACUGAGGUCAGUAUCCACUGCAAGUUAUCGGUCACAACAGAGGGUCCGGACCCAGUGCACAAAUCCUGCACCUACAAAAGUCACAGAUGGGAGGCUCUUAUUGGCCAUGACUCUAUAUGUGAGUGCUGCGAGUCAACAUGUGCAAGCUCCAAACCGCAGAGGGUUUUACUGGAAGGUUUUGCCAGUAGUGUACCAAUGCAGGUCUCGGAUCAGCCGUACACAGAAGAGCACGACUUCCAGCCGGUCAGCUCCUCUACAGUCAGCCCUGGAAGAGAAGAUAAAAACCCAAAUGAUCUCACGGAUCUGAACCAGAAGCUUUGGGAAAGUUUAGAAAAACAUGGUAAAAAUAAAGAGAGAGAACAGAUUAAAGAAAGCGAGGAUGAUUUUGGAGUGACAAAAGAAUUCGAUUCACACGAUUUAAACAAUGAGGAGAUCUUGGAAGAGUUUGAAGCGAAUCAUUUAAAUAUUUUGAAAACUGGAUCAGGAUACGAGGGUUUUUCCGAACACCCAGAAGCUAAGGACACGAUGAAGGGAAGUGAGGAUGAGAUUAUCGAGGAGAAGAUGAUCCAUGAGAGUCAGAAGAAAGAGGAUUUGUCACAGAUCGAGCAGAUGGUACCAUCAGAAGUUGUGCAGGCAGAGCUGGAACCGCCCGUUUCUGAGGAAAGGACGGACAAGACCAGAGCAUGUGAAGGGGACAAGGACAGGAGGGGGACGCCUUCUAAGACGCACGGUAGAAACGUCAGCAGUCUGAUGGAUGGAGAGAAAACAUGGAUUUUCACCUGGACGUAGUCGACUACUUUAGAACUUUAAAUUGGACUAAUUUCUGUAACAAAUGAACAAAUGCAGACUAAUAUUUUAAGUUUAAAACUUUCCUGAGUUUGCCCUCUUUGUAUAGAGUUCCUUCAGUUGAAAUAAAAGUGUAAAGAGUUAUCUGUGAUCUGUAUAAAACUAUGUAUGACAUUCUGUGCCAAGAAAACCUGUCUGGCAGAAAAUA